AUCAAUUUAAAAAUCCAAAUUAAAUAAAAAAUAUAAGAAACCAAGAGUGUAUAGCUUUGACCAUUAUAUAUGUGUGUGUCAUUUGCUUUGUUGAGUUGUACCAUCUGAAAGAGAGAAAAUGGCCAAUGGAAAAGUUGAGAAAUCCUUAAUCAAUUACAUUCCUCAAGUAAAGUUCACAAAGCUUUUCAUUAAUGGAGAUUUUGUGGACUCUAUCUCAGGAAAAACUUUCGAGACCAUAGAUCCAAGAAACGAGGAAGUGAUUGCAAAGGUGUCGGAAGGGUCCAAUGAGGACGUUGACUUAGCUGUGAAAGCAGCUCGACAAGCGUUUGACUACGGUCCCUGGCCUAGGCUGUCUGGAUCUGAAAGAAGACGAAUAUUGCUAAGAUUUGCGGACCUCAUAGACCAACACAAUGAACAAUUAGCCGCCUUGGACACGGCCGACGCCGCCAAUCUGUACACGUUGACCAAGGGCGCGUUCAUCCACAACGCCGCGGAAGUUAUCCGCUACUACGCGGGCGCAGCGGAUAAAAUCCACGGGGCAACCUUGAAACUGUCGGGCGAGAAGCAGGGCUACACGCUAGUUGAGCCCAUUGGCGUUGUUGGGCUCAUAGUCCCAUGGAAUUUUCCGACCCAAAUGUUCGCCAUGAAAGUGGGCCCGGCCCUGGCUGCUGGCUGCACCGUUAUUCUCAAGCCCGCUGAGCAAACUCCACUCUCUGCGCUUUAUUAUGCACAUCUGGCUAAGCAGGCUGGUGUGCCAGAUGGAGUCUUCAAUGUUGUGACAGGCUAUGGAUCCAUAGUUGGUUCUGCACUCACCUCUCACAUGGAUGUUGAUAUGGUGAGUUUCACGGGCUCGACUGAAACGGGACACCGCGUAAUGCAGGCGGCAGCCGCCAGCAACCUGAAACACGUGGCACUCGAAUUGGGCGGGAAAUCUCCCUUCAUCGUUUUCGAUGACGGUCAAAUAUGCGUAGCCGGGACGCGUGUUUUUGUUCAAGAAGGGAUAUAUGACAAAUUCAUUGCUCGACUGUUGGAACAGUUGAAAACGUGGGUCGUUGGUGACCCUUUCGAUCCAAACGUUAAUCAAGGGCCUCAAGUCGACAAGAAACAAUACGAAAAGGUACUUUCGUACAUCGACCGUGGGAAGAAGGAGGGAGCCACCUUGCUCACAGGCGGUAAACCUCUCGGCCGAAAAGGAUACUAUAUCGAGCCAACUAUAUUCACUGAUGUCACCGAUGACAUGAGCAUCGCCAAAGACGAAAUCUUCGGACCGGUCAUGUCGAUCAUGAAAUUCAAGACCGUGGAGGAGGUUAUCAAGAGAGCUAACGACACGAAGUACGGAUUGGCGGCCGGGAUUAUGACGAACAACCUCAACAUUGCCAACACGGUUUCAAGAUCCUUACGGGCCGGCACGAUUUGGAUCAACUGUUAUUUUGCGUUCGAUAGCGAUUUGCCGCUCGGAGGGUUUAAAAUGAGUGGCUUUGGCAAGGACUUGGGGAUGGAAGCACUUCACAAGUAUCUUCAAGUUAAAUCAAUUGCUACUCCAAUAUUUAGUUCUCCUUGGUUAUGAAGUGAUCAUGUGUUGUUUAAAUGGUUUGUCAAAGGUUUGUUUGAGGAUAUAUGAAAGUUUUGUGUUGUGAAGUUAGUUAUCUUUUACUGAAAAGUGAAUGCAGCAGUUUGUAUGUGUGUGUAUGUGGCAAGUAAUAAUAAAUGGGGUUUGUGUGUUAGGCUUCUGCAUGCUAUAAUUGAAAUACAAAAAGUGUUGCUUCCCUAAUUUUGA